AUGCCUCGCCAACAAAUCAAUUUAGAACCCUACCGGGAUGAUAUCAUUACUCUGUACCACCAUGGCAUCAGUAGCGACUCUAUCAGCCGUACCCUCGAAAGUUGUCACAAUAUCCAAGUCAAGGAACGAACCAUCCAGUCCCGCCUUCGCAAAUGGGGCAUCCGCAAGCGACACCGGACGACGACAGGCGACGAGGCUUUGCAUGCGCGCAUUAAGAUGCUUUUUAUACAGGAUAGGCUGACCGAUAAAGCCAUGCUCAACAUGUUGCAGAAAGAAGGUUACGCUAUCUCCGAACGCACUUUGCGCCGUCUGCGGUUCAAGUUAGGCCUUCAUGCUAGGGCUUCGGAUCAAGAGCAGCACCAGCACCAGGAACAGGACCAGAUGCAGAAGCAGAUGAUUGUUCCACAACCCCGGGCGGAGGGGACGGCCGGUGUGAAUCUGACUUGCUGGAACUGA